GAGAAAGAAAGAAAGAAGCUUUAGCUAUUAGCAAAAGAUAGAGAAGAAAGUGAGAGUCGAGCAUGGAGUUUGCCACGGGGGCCAUGGGCACCCUCCUCCCCAGGCUUGCGGGGAUGCUCAUGGAGGAGUACAAUCUGAAGGAGAGUGUGAAGAACGGGAUUAGAGAUCUCAAGGCUGAGCUCGAGAGCAUGGAAGCUGCCCUUGUCAAGGUAUCCAGUAUACCGUUGGAUCAACUUGACCCACAAGUCAAUAUUUGGGCAAAUGAGGUCAGGGAAUUGUCCUAUGCCAUCGAGGACAGCCUUGACACCUUCGUGACACGUGUCGAUGGUAUUGAGCCAACCAAGCCCAAAAUCAAGCACCUACUGAAGAAGGCCCGCAACGAGUUCAACAAGUUCAAGGCACGCCAUGAAAUAGCCAGUGGCAUAAAAAACAUUGAGACCCAAGUUAGGAAGAUAAAGGAAAGGCGCGACAGGUACAAGAUCGACGAUGCUGUUGCAAUUCCGGCUACAACUACACCUGAUCCUCGCAUCUUGGCUCUAUACGAGAAAAAAUCUGACCUUGUCGGUAUUGAUAAGGCAAUUGGUGAGCUAGUGAAGGUCUUGUCAGAGGGGGUUGACAUUCCUGGAAGAAAUCUCAAGAUUGUCUCCAUUGUUGGAAUUGGAGGAUUGGGCAAGACAACCCUUGCAAAAGCAUUGUAUGAUGAGCUCAAUCAAACUUACCAGUGUCACACUUUUGUUCCAGUGGGUCAGAAGCCAAACACGAAGAAAGUUUUGAGGGACAUCCUCCUUGAGCUUGACAUGGAGUUGUAUAGAGAUGCAUCAACAAUGGAUGAAAGGCAAUUGAUCGACCAACUGCGAAAAUUCCUUGCAGGCAAGAGGUACUUUAUUGUUAUUGAUGACAUAUGGGAUAUGCAGACAUGGGAAAUGAUUAAGUGUGCUUUCAUGGAUAGUCAUCCAGAAAGUAGAUUAAUCAUAACAACUCGUAUUGUUGAUGUUGCCAAAAAUGUUGGUGGUAUCUACCACAUGGAACCACUUUCAUAUCAUUACUCCAAAAUGUUAUUUGAUACCAGAACAUAUGGUAGUGAAGGACCGACUGAAGUUACUACCAAAAUUUUAAAGAAAUGUGGUGGCGUGCCAUUAGCUAUCAUUACAAUAGCUAGCUUGUUUGUCGGUAAACACCACGAGGACUGGUCUAAGACAUGUUUAUUGUACCUAAGUAUGUUUCCUGAAGAUGCCUUCAUUGAAAAAAAUUCACUAAUAUGGUUGUGGGUCUCAGAAGGGUUUGUCCCAGAUAGUGAGGUAGGAGAAAACUGUUUCAACAAGCUUGUGAACAAAAGCAUGAUCCAGUGGAUGGAACCUAAAGAAUAUUGGGGUACCGGGCUUUUAGGGGGAUACCAGAGGUAUCAAUCCCCAAGUGGUUGCCGUGUCCACGACAUGGUGCUCGAUCUCAUCCGCACCAUAUCAAGUGAUGUAAAUUUUGUCACAGUACCUGAGAUGGAGCAGCAUGGCACAUGUUCGCGAGGCAAACGAACCAAUAGGGUUCAAAGAUUGGCGCUUCAUGGAGGAAGUGCGGAACACAUCUCUAGCAUUGAAAUAGAACAUGUGAGGUCAUUUAUUGCUACCUCGUGUAGUGAUAGUAGGACAUUCCCGCUUUGGAGCUUUAAAGUAUUACGUGUGCUAGUUAUGCAGAGUUGUGAGUUUCCAGAAGAUUGUAGUCUCAAGCAUCUUGGGAAGUUAGUUCAUCUGAGGUACCUAUUGCUGGCAAAUACUUGUAACAUACUCCCGGAAAGAAUAGGGCAUGAUCUCAAGUUUCUUGAAGUAUUGGACUUAAGAAGAGGUUUGAUUGGUGACUUGCCACCAUCUGUCGGCGAGCUAAGAAAUUUGAGAUGCUUGCAAGCUGACAUGCAUACCAAGAUGAAGGGCGAGAUAGGGAAACUGACAUCUCUUGAAGAGCUACAACUAUAUAAAGUGAACAAGUGCCCAAACUUCUACACAGAUGUGGGGAACCUAAUAAAGUUGAGGGUGCUCAAGAUCCAUUUUAAAAGAAUGGAUGAGACCACAGUUAAGGCUCUGAUGAAGUCACUUUGCAAGCUGUGCAAGAUCCAGAGUCUGACUGUCGGGGGUGGUCAAGGAUUUGUACAAUAUAAAACUAAUACUCCGGUUUUAAUCGAUGGUAGCUUGGAAAACAUGGCACCCAGCCCAAAGUUAUGCUUAUUAUCUCUGGAGGGAAUACUUGUACCCAAGAUGCCAUCAUGGAUCAAUUCUUCACGUGUUCCACUCCUCUAUCACCUGUGCUUGAAAGUGCAGGUGGUUGAAGCUCGGGAUAUUCUACUCCUCGGAAGGUUGCCAUCGCUCAUCAACCUCAUUCUUGAGAUUGAGGACAAAAGGUGUGUAACUUAUACUUUUGGCAGUGGUGAGUUUCACAAGCUGGAAAAGUUGGAGACGACGAUAGAGAUCGGUACUGAAGAAGGAGCAUUGCCUAUGCUUAAAAUAUUGUUAUAUGGUAUAAGCUCUCUAAGAGAGAACAUGGAAAGCUUGGUGUCAUGGAAUAAUAGCUGUCCUUUGCUGGAGGGCGUCACGUGUCGGCUUGACUGCGCUAAGAGGGGCAACUUGGAAAUUUCUGCAAUUAGAGAAACAUUGUAUGUGGCUGCUAGAGACCAUCCCAACUAUGCCAACAUCCGCGAGUUUUAUAUACAAGACGAGAACCGCAUCAGCUCGAAGGAAGGUGAUUUGAUUGAUAAACUCAGGUGGGUCCUCAGCAUCCCCGACGACAAAAUCCAUAUAGUAUAUGAAGAAAGAAGGAUGCGUAAUUUUAUUAUAAAACUCGAGACACGGCUACGUGAUGCUGCCGAACCUGGAAUCGGGAGGUAUGGCCAACAAGAGUUACGUGAUAUUGUUGCCAAAUUCAAGAGUCGUUUGUUACAUGACUCUGCCGGUACCAACCAAGAAGAGAAUAUCAUGUCACUGAUGGCCAGUCGGUCGGUUUUCAAUCUCCAGCCGGAUAAUGGUGACGCCACAAGCAGUGCAGAUCAGCAACCUGCGGAUGGUGGGAUCUUGAAGCCUUCUACAGUCUUUUCAGAUCACCACUUGGAA